UGCAGCUCUUGUUGUGUUUGCUGCGCGCUGUGCAUUGAUCGUUGCUGAUAUUAUAUAGCAGGGUUAUGCGCACUGUGCACAUCAUUUAGUAACGAAGCUUGAACCCAAACGCGUCGCUACGCUUACGCGCCAAGCAAUUCAAAUAAAGUGCGCGCGCAAUUCAAAUAAGAUACCGAAAAUGUUUCAAAAAAGGAUUAUUGAACUUUUUACGCUAUUGUUUUAUUGGAUGGUCAUUACGCCAGCCAUAUAUCAGUAUUGCAAAACACAAAAUUGGAUACGCUGGGACCUGAAUAUACCAUUCCAAUCGUUUUCGGAUCACGCUACGUUCGCAUUGUGUCUGCUCGCGGGCUACGUGACCUUUUAUCGCAUUGUCAUAUUCAUUUAUAUGAAGUUGAAAGUAUGUGAUGUGAAAAUGUGGCAUAACUUAAAGAAAACCCAAGAGGAUCCCGAAUCGCAGCUGAAGGAUAAAUCGCACUAUCAGGCCAUAUCGACAGAGAAUCUGGAUGUAGUCGAUGGCAAACUAAGCGAUUCAACACCAAAAGUCAUACGCACCAUAAGCCAUCCGCUGCUGGUGGAAAGCGAUCUGGCGCGCAUACACAUCAAGCACGAGACUCGUCCGCUGCACAGCGUCACCUUGCCGAGGACUCAUCAGCCACAUGGCAUAGCCAGUCCCACGCCCAGUUUGCGUUCGGCACCGCCUGUGCCUGCAACACCGCCGCGCACUCCUGGCCUGGCGCGCAAAGUAAGUCAAGGCGUCAUCAUGUCUCCGGAUGUGCUCAUGGACAUUGCAUCGCAUCAGAAGCACAGGCCACUGGCCAAGACGUAGACACUGGCCUACUGGUGGCCCCUCCAAACCAGCCAGCCCACAAGUAUUAGCAUUAGCUGCACACCAAAGACACAAACACAAACACAAACAAAAGAGCAAAAGAAAAACGACACAACGGAAGUUUUCGCACCGCUUUAGCAAAUAAUAUUUGCAACUGAUCACAAAACCAGAAUCGACGACAAAUCCAAGUCAGUUUUAAUUGGCUGAGAACGAUUCUUCUUGCAACAGGAAGAAACCAUUUAGUUAGUUAUUUAGUUAGUUAGUGCAUAGCAUACUAGUUAAUUAUAUGAAUAUCUGUAUAUAGUAUAUACGUAGCUGCAUAUUUAUUAUCUAUAUAUAUAAGUCAGUUGAACUUGUUAACUGUUUUAUGUGUGUUCUAUGUACUU